AUGCACAUUCAAGCAUUGGCGUCGGUGGUCGCACUAGUAUCCACCCUUUGCUCCGCUCGUCAGUUCGUAGAGCAGCGGCCGCUCAAUGCCAUCGACCGAUCCGUGUCGGCCAACAAGCUCUCCCUGACGCACGAUUUGAUCGGCUUUCACAAAGGUCUUGUCGAGAUCGAGUCCAUCACAGGGAACGAGCAGGCGGUCGGGGAGUGGCUGGCCGCCAGCCUUCAGUCGCAAGGCUACACCGUGCAGAAGCAGUAUUUGUCGAAAGACCCUGUGCGGUUCAAUGUCCUUGCAUGGCCAGGCUCUCAGCGAGACGUCAAAGUCCUUCUGAGUAGUCACAUUGAUACUGUCCCGCCCUUCAUCCCGUACAAAUUUGAGAAAUUCGCCGACAACAAUACUAUUUCCGGCCGUGGCUCGGUCGAUGCAAAGGGUAGUGUCGCAGCUCAAGUCAUCGCGGUAAACAAUCUCCUUGCCGCCUCGAAGAUCAAUGCCGACGACGUUGCCGUUCUGUACGUGAUCGGCGAGGAGACGGGCGGCGAUGGAAUGAAGGCCGCCAACAGCCUCGGCCUGCGCCCGCACUCCAUCAUCUUCGGCGAACCGACCGAGCGCAAGCUCGUCUCAGGCCACAAAGGAGUCAUGCAUGUCACGAUCCAUGCCAAAGGCCGUGCUGCACACAGCGGCUACCCUUGGCUCGGCCGCAGUGCCAAUGAGGUCCUCGUCGCCGCGCUGGCACCCAUCCGCACUCUCGGUGAUGAUCUCCCGCAGAGUGACAAAUACGGCAAGACCACACUCAACAUCGGCAAGAUCUCUGGCGGCGUGGCCGGCAACGUUGUGGCCGAAUCCGCACUGGCGGAAAUCGUCGUGCGGAUCGCUGCCGGUACGCCGAAGGAGGUCCUCGCGUCCAUCACGAAGACGGUCCAUCGCGCCGUGAGGCCUUUCCUCUCCGGUCCCGAGGGAUGUGACGAAUCAAGAGAACACCUUCGCCCAGAGGAUGUCGUCGAGAUCGCCGCAUCAGAUUCAGCAUACGGUCCAGUCGAUCUGGAACACGACGUUCCCGGAUUCGAUGUGAUCCCGGUAAAUUAUGGCACUGAUGUACCCAAUUGGAAGGUCAGCCGCGAAGGCCAGAGGCGAUACCUGUACGGACCUGGGACCAUCUUCGUCGCCCACAGCGAUCACGAGGCUCUCACCGAAAAGGAACUAUUUGAUUCAGUCGAAGGUUAUGAGCGGAUCUUACUUUUCGCUUUGGAAAAUGAGGCGAAUUGA